AUCAAGCCUGUAUUUCAUUGAUUUCUAAAAGUUCCUUUUUCUCUGCAUUAGAAAACAACACAUUUUCUUUUGUGUAAUUAUUGCAAAUAAAUUGUGGAAUAUAUAGUGGCACGUCCAUUUGCAUUAGCGAGUUAAAAGAUACAGGAAUGCAUGUUGUACUGAGAGGCUAAUAUGAUGAAGAGAAUGAGCCUGGUCUAGCGGUUGAAAUUAGAUGAUCUUAGAGGUUCUUUUUAACCCAGGCCAUUCUAUAAUUCUGUGAUAUAUUCCAGUGAAAAAUUGAAGCAAUUUCAUAUAAUUUAGAUGUGGAAACUGUAAGAGUAAACUCUUUCCUGGGGUGAAUUGUUUUAAAGUUAUGCCUGCUUUUGGUCGCUUUCUACUAUAGAGCAGAGCAAGCUAUUGGCCUGCUUUUGGAAAACAAAACAGAAAGCAGAAGAAUAAGAAAUGACCCUAAACCUUAAUUUGCAUUUAAUUGGCUUGCAUUCAAAAUGUAUGCAGUUAGCUGGUAAUUUGUUACAUUCUGACUGUUAAUGUUUUAAUAUGAACAAUGAUUUAGAAUAUGUUUCAGAAAUGGCAGUACAUUUCUGUUGUUUUAUGAGUAAACCUUGAAUCAUCUAUAUUAUUGAACAUAAACGUGAAUUAGGAUUCUGUGCUUUGUCUCAUUGAGGUGUCAUGGAAAAACUUGGUCUUGGUCCAGAGAUCCUUCUGCAUGAGAACCCCAGACUCAUCUAUGCUAGACUCACUGGAUUUGGUCAGACAGGAAAGUAUGCCAAGUCUGCAGGACAUGACAUCAAUUAUCUGGCUUUAUCAGGUGUGCUGUCAAAGCUGGGUAGAAAAGGUGAAAAUCCAUAUGCACCUUUAAAUCUCCUAGCUGAUUUUGCAGGUGGAGGGUUGUUAUGCGCACUGGGCAUUAUUAUAGCCCUUUAUGAACGUACCAUAUCUGGCAAAGGGCAGGUUGUUGAUGCAAGUAUGGUAGAAGGAAUAGCAUACAUAAGUUCUUUUCUGUGGAAAUCACAAAAUUUAGGACUCUGGAAUAGACCGCGAGGUGAGAACUUACUAGACAGUGGUGCACCAUUUUAUGAAACCUACAAGACCUCGGAUGGAAAAUUCAUGGCUGUUGGUGCUAUUGAGCCUCAAUUCUAUGACCAGCUAAUAAAAGGUCUUGGGCUGGAUUCAAAUAAACUUCCCAAUCAGUUGAGUUUCUCUGAUUGGCCUGAAAUGAAGAAAAAGUUUGCAUCCAUCUUUGCACAGAAGACACAAAGUGAAUGGUGCAGUAUAUUUGAUGGAACUGAUGCCUGUGUGACCCCCGUUUUAUCCUUUGAUGAUGCUCCCUUGCAUCAGCAUAACAAACAAAGAAGUUCUUUUAUCAAAAAUGACCAGGAAGAGAUAAGUCCUCGACCUGCUCCUCUUCUUUCAAGGACCCCUGCUGUUCCAUCAUUUAAAAGAGAUCCUUUUAUAGGCGAGCACACAGAAGAGGUACUUCUAGAAUAUGGAUUUACUCAGGAAGAGAUUGCAAAACUUUAUUCUGAUAAAGUAAUAGAAUCCAACAAACUAAAAGCUAAUUUAUAAUCCGAUUAUGCAAAUCGGACUUUGGGCUGAUGCAGUAAGAUUUAACGUAUCGAAUAACAUUACAAAUGAAUAUUUUUGUGUGUUGUUUCUUUUAAAUGAAUAUUUUAAAUGAUGUUUUAAAUCUAAUGGAAAACAUUGGGAGUUCUGUAUUUGUGUACCUGGAUGGUUUGUGGUCUACAGUGAUACCAAAAAUUGUUCUGAAGUUCUGUGCUGUUUGUCAUAGCAGAUAUAAGUCCUCAAAAUAUUUUUUUUAACAGUAUAUCCUGUGAAACUUUUUGUUCUUUUAACUCGUAGUUAAACUGUUCCUCUGUAAUGUAUGCCAUAAUUAAUUGAAGGCAAUUCUGUUCUUAAAGUACAGUUGAAUGCUUACUAAGCAGUUGAUUCUUUACUCAUAGAUUAAUGGGGAUCUUAACCAUAUUGCUUGAUUUACCUUAUCAUACCAAAACAGUGAUAAUGCUGUUUCCUUGUGUUGCUGCAGAGUUAUUAUGAUAAAGUAAUUGUAUUUAAUAUCCUGUCUAUGUUUUCUUAAUACAGUCUCCUGAUUGUGUUAUGUUCAGCAUCCCAGUUUGCCUAAAAAAUAAUUUCGGAAAUAAAUUCCCUAUUAUAAAAUA